CGCACGUUCCGCAAUCCAAAACACUGCAAAUAAAGCACAAACGCAAACGCAAGCGCAAGCCCAAGCGCAAACGAACACCCACCAUGGCAGACAAAGACGGAAAAUCGGACACUUGCAAUCUCCCAGAGAAGAAAGGAGAGCUGCGGCAAACCCAAACAGAAAGACAAACACAAACCCAAUCGCAACAAAAAUUCUCCAGCAGGAUUACGGAAGAGAUCAGCUGUCCCAUCUGCCUGGACAUUCUGGUUCGGCCGCUGACGCUCGCUCCCUGCGGACACUCGUUCUGCAAGAGCUGCUUCUCGGCGUCUUCCCUUUCGUCGUCCUCGUCGUCCUCUUGCCCCGAGUGUCCCCAGUGCCGGCAGCCCGUGGAGGGAUCGGCUCCCUCGCGAAGGCUCGCGGGCCUGAUCGAGACCCUGGUGGCGGUCCCCAACGCCCUCUUCGAGAACAAGGACAAGGACCGGGAGUCCUACCUCGAGCGGGCCAAGCGGGAAGCCGACCGCGAGAAGGCGGACGCCGAAGCCCGCAGGGCUGCUCCCCGCCAGAGGAGCCGGAAGCGAUCGAGGCAGGUUUCACGGGCCACCAGCAACAGCAGCAACAGCAGCAGCAACAACACCGCCAAUCCCACUUUCAAUCCCACCGCGCAGCAAAGACAAAGAUCGCACCGCGGCACCGGGCAACCCGCGCGCAGCGGCGGGCACCACCCGCAAAGCGGCCCGUACCCGUAUUGGCACGGCUACUACUACCACCACUUUCCUUCCGCACCGGUUCCCCCGUCUCGGUCGGCGCCUCCGACGCGGAGCACGGGAAGUUCUUCCGCGCAACAACAGCAGCAGCAGCAACAACAACAACAACAACCGCACGCUCCCUCGCCCGGCGCCUCCUUCGAUCCGAUGGCGGCCCCGCUCCCCCCGCCCUUUGACUACCCCGGUGCCCCGGGGGACACGGCGACCGAUCCGAUCUGCAUCGAUUAGAUGAGAACGGAAAGGAUCGGAACGGAACGGAACGAAACCGAUCGACUUGACGGGGGAGAUUGGUAAGAAGAAGAACAAAACCACAACAAAACAGGCCCCAAACCACCGCCUUUCGGACGGGUGUCGGCGGACUACCAGAUAUUGUUUUGGGCACUCCCAACGGCGUGUCCCGCUGCUGUUCGAAAGAAACAAAACAAACGAAACACAACCUGUCCUUUUGUUGUCGCUUUGCCGUUCCGUGGUGCAAAACAACACGCAAUGCCGGAAACACGCUGCAGAAUCCCAAAAAGGACAAAGGGGAGACGCAUGGCAUGGCAUGGCACGGCACGGUAUCGCGCAUUUUCGUUCCCACCAUUACGCGGAUGAGAUUCGCUGGACUGCGAACGCCGCGUUGGCUUGAUGGUGGUGUGUUGUGCCAUGCUGUGCUGUGCUGUGCUGUGCUGUGCAGGGGCAACCGCAGGCACUCCCGGAUCGCCUCGCCACCACGCGGCACGGAAAGCCCGCGCAUCGCAUUGCAUUGCAUUGCAUCGCAUCGGUUUCUGCUUGCUCUAGCGAGGCAAGAGAUUGCCGAGAAUGGGCAUGGCAUCGAUCGGUGCUUGCUUGCUUCCGUGGUCCGUCCGGGCGGACAAACCACCGGUGCAACGCAGUGCGGAGCAGCGCCGGACCGAAUCGGUGCGAUCGCUUCGCGCGGCAUGGCAUGGCAUGGCAUGGCAUGACAGGCGCCGGAACCACCAACUCCCCGGGAGGACGAGACGAACCCUGCGAGUAGUGAUCGCACAAACCCCGUCGCGGUUUGGGUUUCCGCCAAGACGACAAAAAACAUCAAUCGCAAGCCCUUGGCUGCAGGACGAGGCGACGAAACAUCGGGCGUCGAAUUUGGUGGGCACGCUGGCGGCAUUGCUUCGCAUCUUGGUCUGCGCCAACCACGAGCCAGGUGUUUGGCUCCCUUUGCGCAGUGGCUGGGUCGCGAAGGAAGGGAUUUCGGAACACCGCACAAAAAUGCCGCGCUGGAUUGGUUUGGGUGCGUACCUCCGAUGGACGUGUUUCGUCAACGAGCUAUAGUACCGUAUAACAACGUAUUAAAAAUCCUUCCCCUACAGCUAGAAGAUGCCUGGAUCCGGUCCUAAGCCGGAUGGGGCCUGUAUAGGUUCACAGGAAUAGGUGCAGGCAGGUACACAACGGAUUUUAGAAAAGGAAUACGGAAUUGCUGAACACUGUAGGCAUCGAGAGCACGAGCGCGACUAUGGUACAUAGUUUGGGCUUCUCUCGAUAUCUGCCCUCCAGUUCGAUACUACUACCCCUCGGCAAGCUUUUAAGCACCGUUGUCCAAACCGUUAGUGGUGCUCGGAGUCUUCUUUUUGGGAUUUAGUCGUUCACCUUGGGAAGACCGGACACGAUUCUUCCUUUCCUCCAACACAGGUCAUAAAAAUUCUUUUCCUCCCCUAGUAGACGAACAAAGAUCUUCUUCCCCUCUCUUAGCCAGUGCUUGACUGAUACUAAUGAUAACGAGUAUAUUGGCCCACGGGUUUUCCAAAAGUGUGGUUCGUUGUGGGAUUGAAAGCUAGUAAUAGGGAAGUAUGCAUCCAAAACAAGGCUUUGAUGUUUGAGGAAGGUAAUACUACUAGUAGGUCUAGGUGUUUGGUUAAAAAGGGAUUACUACCCAGUAUCUGUACAAUUAUAUGUGGUCUAUAAAAUAAAGCAAGUGGU